AUGGACAAUCAAUCUGCCGCCUGGCCUGUCGCUGAUGCUGCCUUAACCCAAGAAAUUCUGGACCUGGUCCAGCAAUCUUCCCACUACAGGCAGAUCAAGAAGGGUGCCAACGAAGUCACCAAAAGCCUCAACCGUGGUAUCGCCGAAGUCGUAAUCUUGGCCGCCGAUACCACUCCUUUGGCGAUUCUUCUCCAUUUGCCCCUCCUUUGCGAAGACAAGAACGUCCCUUACGUCUAUGUCCCAUCCAAAGUGGCUCUUGGCCGUGCCGCUGGUGUUAGCCGAAGCGUGAUCAGCAUAUCAAUAACCACGAACGAGGCUUCGGACCUCAUGGGCCAGAUCCGAGCCCUCAAGGACAAAGUAGAGAGGCUGAUGAUCUAAGGUGGAAUGGCGGUGGCUCUUGAUACCACGCACAUCCGUUAGGAUUCUUUCCGGGUUCGGCGUUGUAUUGGGAGUUGAUAUGCCUCGACAAUAACUUGUCAGCUUGAGGCAUCCCUCGUUCAAGGGUCAAAGAGGAAUCGGAGUUUCGUCGUUAGAUACAGUUACACGGUCAAACUUGACCAAAUCUAGGUUACGAUCCAAAUUCAAAGGGUAUCAAACCUGCCAAAGAACUCCCUUUGAAGCCACUUCCGUGUCUAGUCCAUUGCCCGCAUGACGCCUUCAAAAGCAACCAACGCAAUC